AUGGAAGAAAAGCCUUCCAAACGUCCAAGACGAACAUCACCAGCAAGGUCCGUCAACGACGACGGAACUGAGACUGCUGACUUUUUGACUGCAGCCACCACCACCAGCACCACCAGCACCACAAAUAGUAACAAUAAGACUCCAACGAACCAAGAGCUAUUCCUCGAUGCUUCCCAAACUCCUGUCAUUAAAUUAUUUGCCUCUAUCGAAGACCUCAAGCUGAGACAAGACCUUGGGUCGCGAGAAAUUACAAUGUCGUCCAGCUCGCAUCUAAAUUACAUCAUGACGCUGAGAGAAAUUCUGGGAUUGGAUCCCAUCUGGAAACCUUUCAAGGGGAGUCAUAAUCCUACUACGAUUGCUCAAGGAUAUCCGGGAAGAAAGAGCAUUGAGUGGUUUGCUCUUUCCAAUUUCCUCUGUGACUUUUCAUUUCUCAUGGAAGAGCACCCUGAAUUACUCUCGGUCCGGAACAAAGUGUUCUUUACACAAUCCGGCGGCGGAAACAAUCCAGAUUCCUGGCGCUUUUUGGAUCCAUCGGCCGACUUUUGUCCGCUCAAUCCAAAGGAAGAGCCAUCGACCUAUGGAACUCCCACCACAAAUCCGCUCCAAUACAAGUUCGACUAUGGAAGUCAUCACACUAAAAUGUUUCUUGUGGGCAUGGAAGACAGAUUGCGGGUGGUUGUCUCAACAGCCAACAUUGGGAAGGUAGAUUUGGAACUCCAAGCCAAUGGUGCCUUUGUGCAAGACUUUCCAUUCAAGUCGUCGGUCAAGGCCGCCGCAGCUCCUUCGUCCCUUGGUGACGAUUUUGAAAAAACCUUGAUUCAUUACUUCGAAUCCUAUGGUUACCGAACCAAGAAGCAAUGGUCGAACGGAGGACCCGCUAGGACUUUGGUGGACCAACUUGCGCAGUAUGACUUUUCGAAUGCCAAAGCCAUUCUUAUUCCUUCCAUUCCAGGAUAUCACGCCAUCCUCCCUGAAGGUGAACAGAGACCACGAGAAGGCAGAGCAACAAAACCACUCCAAGGAUACCUAAAGCUGAAGAAUGCCAUUCAAACACAUGCCAAUGUUCCUUCCUCCCAUUCUUCUACUCGAUAUGGUCCCGUGGUGAGCCAAUUUUCUUCCAUUGGCUCUCUCAGUGAAAAAUGGUUGAAAGACUUUGCCACCAGUCUCUCCGUAGUGCCUCCCACUAUUACGAACAGUAUGGGCAAACAACAACCCGAUCUUGUUGACAUGAUCAAAUUGGUUUGGCCAACCAUUUCAGAAAUCGAAGGAUCCAAUCAGGGAAUAUCUGGAGGUGCUGCUGUUCCAGGACGCAUCAAGAACUUGACCAAGAAAUGUGUCAAGCCCCUCCUCUGCAAAUGGACGACGACAAAGACGACAUUGACCAGUACUAAUAAUAGUAUGAUGAUUCACAAGCCAAGGAGUAUUCCGCACAUCAAGACUUUUUUCCAAUUGCAGCAUCAGCAUCGCAUGAUAACAAAUGCUGACAAUGGCAGCAGCAACAACAAGGAAAAGUCACCGUCAUUUGCAUGGUUCUGCAUGGGAAGUCAGAAUCUAUCCAAAGCGGCAUGGGGAGAAAUUAUCAAUGGGAAGUUCGGCAAAUGUCAUCGGGUCGUCUCGUGGGAAAUGGCCGUCUUGAUCUGUCCCAGCAUCAUGGGCAAACGGCUGGUCCCUUUUACUGGUCGGGGGGAACAGGAGGGCGGUGACAUGCCGAUCCCAUUGCCCUACGAUUCCAUUCCUCAACGAUAUUGUUCUCCAAACGAUCAACCAUGGAAUAUAGAUUACAUGGCAUGA